CUCCUGGCGCGGGCAUGUGUCGCUCGCUGCUGCUGUGCAUCUAGCUAGAGACCGGCGCUCGGAGGCUGGUCGCCUUUCCCGGUUAUGGCGGAGAGGACCGAGCAGCGCAUCGAGGACCGGAUCCCCGAGCUAGAGGAGCUGGGGAGGGUCGGGCUCCUCACCAGCAAAGAGAUCAGGUUGGGCGAGGCGGGAUCUCCGCGAUCCCCGGGGAUCCAGGGAAGGGAACGACCCCAUGGAUUGGGGGUGGAAGCAGGAAGGUGGGGAAAGGGAACCUCGUUUGUGUGGGUCGGUUUUACGUAUAAGCUAAACAAGCUCUAGCUUAGGGUCACACUCUCUUGGGGUCCCCCAAAAAUUUAAAGGAAAAAAAACCCUGGAUGUACGUUUCCAAAAUGUAAGAUAAAAAACAAAUCAAAUGAAACCUACAUACAGCAACAGUGUUUUGUGUUGUGUAGGCUCCUGUGAUGUAAGUAAUGGGCCCCCAACCAUUUUAAGUUAGAGCUUAAUAAUUAUUUCACAAUUAAUGUACUUGGGACGCGGGUGGCGCUGUGGGUUAAACCACAGAGCCUAGGACUUGCCGAUCAGAAGGUUGGCAGUUCGAAUCCCUGUGAUGGGUGAGCUCCGGUUGCUCGGUCCCUGCUCCUGCCAACCUAGCAGUUCGAAAGCAUGUCAAAGUGCAAGUAGAUAAAUAGGUACCGCUCCGGUGGGAAGGUAAACGGCGUUUCCGUGCACUGCUCUGGUUCGCCAGAAGCGGCUUAGGCAUGCUGGCCACAUGACCCGGAAGCUGUACGCCGGCUCCCUUGGCCAAUAAAGCGAGAUGAGCGCCACAACCCCAGAGUCGGUCCACGCUGGACCUAAUGGUCAGGGGUCCCUUUACCUUUACCUAUUAAUGUAUUUAUUAAUUGUAUUUCACUAUUAAUAUAUUAAUAUACUUCUUCUAAAUUUUAUUUCAGUUCAACAAUUACUUUGAUAAAAUACAUAUUCUAUUAGGUCCAUAAAUGACAUGUAGCAUAUAUUCAACACAAAAAAAUCAGUGACAAUUUGUUGACAAAGGACAGCUGGACAUAUAAAGGGCCCCAUUACCUUCAGUAGCUUAGGGCCUCAUCAAACCUAAAUCCGGCCCUGGUCCUACUCCUUCAAGGUUGGUAGGGAACAGGCUGUUCACCUUACUCGGCAGACCUGCAAGCAGCCAAGCCAUAAUAUUUUCUUUAAAAAAAUAAAUACGAUUUUUAUUAAUUUUUACUAUUUCAGAGAAACAUUUAACAUACUUAAGAUAUCAAUGACUUCCCUUCUUCUCUUUCCAUGGUUCAUUUUACAUAUCUUACAUCCCUGUAUUUUUUUUUACAAAAACUAUACCAUUCAGUUAUUCCAUUAUUGCAUCCAUCAAAACUUAUUUACACUGUGGAAUUUAUCUCAAUGCUACCAACUGUGUCUUUUCUUUCUCAUAAAUGCAAACUGAAAAUAUAAUGCCAGGAAAGCACUGCUUAGUGCUCAAAUGCACAUUCUGAUAUAUCUCGUGGGUUCUAAAUUUCACAGCCAAGCCAUUACAUCUUUUAUUUUUAUUUUUUGUAAAUGUGAUUUUUAUUAAAUCUUCUGUUUUACAAGUUCAGAUAAACAUUUUACAUACUUAAGACUUCCCUUUUUCUCUUUUCAUGGUUCAUCAUAUAUAUUUUAUAUCCCUGCAUAUUUUACAAAAAACUAUGCCAGUCGCUUUUCCAUUGUGACAUCCCUCAAAACUUAUUUACACUGUGGAAUUUAUCUUAAUGCUGACAACGUCGUCAGCUGUACACACUUAUUUUCCAUAUAUUCAGUAACAUCUUUUCAGGAUUUUAUCAGCCCCCCACCCAGACCAUUCUAGCAGCCAGGCACCGAUUUAGAACCUGCAUGUCCCUCACCAGACAUGGACGAUAAGGAGGAAAUUGAGUUGCUAACACCUCAAUUUGUUGUGAUACCUGUGUUUUUCUGUGGAUUGGGAACCAUGGAAGGAUGUUGCCUUUUUGUAUUUCUGCAGGGCGGUUAUUAAGAAGACAUUAGCCCUUGAAUAUAAAAUACAACGGAGAGCACUCCAUAAGGAAAAUUUUAUCAGUUACAUUCAGGUAGGUUUCUUAAGAAGAUUCAUUUUCGAUAUGCUUUCAUCUCUUGAGAUUUAUCUCAGUUAACAAGCAUUAUAUUUUCUGGUGUUUCUUAAAAAUGUGAACUGAAAACAUAAUGCAAUAAAGCAUGGCUUAGUUUUCAAAUGCACAGUCUGGUAUAUCUCUUGGUUCUAAAUUUUGCUGCAGCAGAUGUAUACAUUAAUUACGAUGCAGUUGUAAGGAUGUAGAGAGGGCCUUUUAAAAACAGAGGAAGCUGCCUUAUAUCACCAGAUGAGUAGAUAACUUAUUGACCCUCCAGAUGUUGCUGGACUACAGGUCCCAUAAUCCCUGACAAUUGGCCAUGCUGGCUGAGGUUGAUGGGGUUUGGACUACCAACAUCUGGAGGUUCACAGGUUCCCCAUCCCUGGUCUAUGCACUGAUUAGCAGCAGCUCUUAAGAAUAGACAGAAGUCUUUCUGGACCCUACAUAGAGAAAUGAGUGUGUGUGUGUGUGUGUGUGUGAGAGAGAGAGAGAGGGGGAGAGAGAGAGAGAGAGAGAGAGAGAGAGAGAGAGAGAGAAAGAGAAAGAAAGAAAGAAAGAAAGAAAGUGGUAAAUGUAUGUUUUGGUUCCAUCAAAAUCCAAGAGGAUUCAGCCUACUGAUUGAGUGGGGAGGAGCGUUUCUCCAUGUUUAGUAGCUAGGAUGAAUGGGCACUGGAUAAUUCUUGAUUUAUUCACCUCAUUAUUACAGGCCUUAAUUGCAGUUGUUAUUAUAUAAUAUCACAUAAAAUCUAUAUAAAGCAAUAAAUGCAUGGCUUUACUGUGCUAGCUAUUGCUCAGUUUUUAUCAUCCUUGAAGUAUUGUUGACCUUCUAAAUAUUUUCUUCCCCUUCAGUAUGAAAUCAAUCUGUUGGAAUUGAUUAAGAAAAGAAGAGCGGUAAGUUGACAUGUAACUGAAAACUUGAAGGGGUCCUUAUGGAAUUUACCAAGGAUUGUAAAGUUGGUCAUUGUUUUCCAUAGCGCACUGGCUACUCGUUCAAGAAAGAUGAGAUUGAGUACUCCAUUCUGCAGAGAAUACAUGGUGUCUUCAAACGGGCCACAACAAAAUGGAGUGUAAGACUGUUUUAUUCUAUAGCACUUGGAUGAUUUUGUAUAACCUCUUGUGUAACAUCAUGCUGACCUUAUUUGUGCAUAAUUCUAAAGCCAAACUGCAGCUAAGUAUGAAUGAGCAGGUGUCCUAGCGACAUAGUUAGAAAACAGCAGCUGUUUCACUUCUCUCCUGGUGCUGCUGCUGUUUUUCUUGGAGCUGUGACAGAGUUUGGCUUAGUGUUAUUUUCAAACCUGGGCUCAUGGGUUGUCUUGCUCCAAACAAACCAUGAGUGGUAAGCCAAGAACAAACCAGUUGAAAUUUGUAGCUUUCUAGUUUCUAAAAUAGGGACACGGGUGGCGCUGUGGGUUAAACCACAGAGCCUAGGACCUGCCGAUCAGAAGGUCGGCGGUUCGAAUCCCCGCGACGGGGUGAGCUCCCGUCGCUGGGUCCCUGCUCCUGCCAACCUAGCAGUUCGAAAGCACGUCAAAGUGCAAGUAGAUAAAUAGGUACCGCUCCGGCGGGAAGGUAAACAGCGUUUCCGUGCGCUGCUCUGGUUCGCCAGAAGCAGCUUAGUCAUGCUGGCCACAUGACCCGGAAGCUGUACGCUGGCUCCCUCGGCCAAUAAAGCGAGAUGAGCGCUGCAACCCCAGAGUCGGCCACGACUGCACCUAAUGGUCAGGGGCCCUUUACCUUUACCUUUACCUUUUUAGUUUCUAAAAUGCUUGUUUUAGAAUACUGGUUCUUCCUCCUCCUGAAAGACAGGUCCAUCACUGACUGCUAGUUGAGACACUUCUUCAUUCCAUAGUUUCUUUUCUCAAUUGCUGGCUGUGGAAGCUUUGACUUUCCCAUAUCUUGCUCCUUACGCCAUUGUUGUAAAAAGGAUAACAAUUCUGGAUUAAUGGUACCUGUUGUGUUCUUAGCUUACCCGUACCCUCCUUUUUGUUUCACUUCCAUAGGAUGAUCUUCAGCUGUGGUUGUCUCAUGUGGCCUUUUGCAAGAAAUGGGUGAGUAUUGGAGUGUAAUUUCCUCAUUUCAGCUGUGAGCUUAUAAAGCAGUUGAACCUCCUUUCAAGGGAGCCACGGGAUGUGGUCUUUGCAUGGUGAUAAUUUGGAAGAACCUUGUUGAAAUGACCGGACUUGUUCGAACGACUGGACUUGCUUUUGAUAUUUUUACCUGCCAGUACUAUCAGAGGACUGUGAGUUAGUCUCUGUCCCUUAUAUAUGAGUAUGCAUGACAGAGUUUACAACAGCCGGAGUUUGUGAUAAAUAAAUAAAUAAAUACUAAAUAAAUAUUCACAGUCUUGCUGCUGUUUGAGCUUUGUUGUUCUGCCUGACCACCCCAAGCUUUUAGUACCCAAUGCAGGUACUAAAAACUAAGUUGCUUUCUGUGCAGAUCCAGAUAUAGUUCACUGUAAGAUGGCAAACCAAACAGUAUCAAAGUCCUCUGUAAUGAAGGUGAAUCUGUUUCACUUGAAAAGGUACACAAUAUAAGAGAGUGAUAUGAUGCUUUCUGUUUCCUAAUAGAACAGGAAAAUACAGCUGGGCAAGGUGUUUUCAGCCAUGUUAGCCCUUCAUCCCAACAAACCAGGUACAGUACUUACUCUUGUAAAUGAAGUGAGUAGGGUAGGCAGUCUUGGAGUGAUGGAUGGGAUAUCUUGGCAGUGGCACAAUUCGCUUGCCUGAUCUGGCUCAUUUAAAGCUGAUGGAACAGGUUAUGUUGGUAUACCAGAGCAACCUUCCCCAAUGUCGUGUCCUCCAUAUGUUGGCCUCCAGAUCCCAUCAGCUCCAGCCAGUGUGACCAAUGCCCAGGGAUGAUGAGAGGUGUAGUCUAGCAGUAUCUGGAAGGUACCAGGUUGGGGAAGGCGAGGCUAGCAGAACAAGGCAUAAGAACCAUUACUUGGAAUGACUUCUUGGUUGUCAGCUGGUUUUGCAGUGACUGUCUUAAACAGGACCAUGCAUCUCUCUCUCACUCUCUGUUGUAGCUCUCUGGAUCAUGGCUGCAAAAUGGGAAAUGGAGGACCGCCUGUCAUCUGAAAGUGCCCGGCAGUUGUUCCUUCGUGCCUUGCGUUUCCAUCCAGAAUGUCCCAAACUGUAUCAAGAGGUAACAUGUGAUUCUGAUGCUUCCCCCCUUCGCCGCUGCAAAUGUUUAACUAGUUCGUUUCAGCUAAGAUCUGCUUGUUGAUUGACUGCUGGUUUGUUGAACUGAAGAACGGAACGCCAUUCCGGUUUUCCAUCCUCACUGGCAAAUUAUUCUUUUUUAUAGUUGUAGUAGUUGUAUACCGCCCUUCCUCCGAAGAUCACAGGGCCGUUCACAACAGAAAAAUACAAAACGAAAACACAAAAUGCGUAAUAAAACGAAAGCAAAACAAACCAAUAACCCCGCUCCCACAGACACAUUUAAAAAGCCAUAUAAUGCUAGUCAGUCAAAGGCCUGGUUGAAGAGAAAUGGUUUUGUUCAGUGCCUGUAAUGAAUGUGCCAAGUGAGCCUGGUUGGACAUACUGUUGCUUUUUUAUAUACGUAUAACUUUCGAGCUAAUAGUAUGAUGCCCUUUUUUCAUUCUCAAAGCUAUAGUUAAAUACGGUAGGCAUUGACUCUGAGUGUGACUGCCAGGAAAAACCUCAGAUGUAAUUGUCUUUACCACAGGUGGGAAAGUAAGAUAUGCAAUCGUUGUGAAGUCCUUCAUGUUUUAUCUUUGCAGCCUGAAAGUGAUGCAAUUUUGUAGUAUUGCUUUUGUUGUUAAAAUCAUCAAAAGUCCAAGGGAGCUUUAAAUUUUCUCUCUAAAAUUUUAACAUGCCAGCUUGAUCUCCACUGUCGUCAUUAUUUUUAUGUGUCAAUAGUAGCCUCUGUUGUUGUGAAACAGCCAUGUUUAUCCUGGUCCACCUACAAUCACGGCGUCAGUUUCUGGUGAAGCGCUUAACCGGGCAAAGUCUUCAACAGUUUCAAGAACCAGUAGUGAGGGAAAAGUCAAAAGAACAACGAAUGCAAAGUUUAUUAAGAAGAAGACAGCUAAUUUUUUUUUUAGUAGUAGUCAUAAUGCUGGGAGUCCCUUAAUCAUGGUUAAUUGGGAGCACGCCACAAAAUGGCUGAUUUCCUAUUCCUGAUUUUACUCCAGUUACGUUUUACAUCAGCACCACUAUUAACCACAGUAGUAACAAGGAAUCCUUCUCCACUGGCGUUUGAAGCCCUUGCCACCUCAUUUCCCCCUCUUUGCCUUUCUUUGUUUCUGUAGUAUUUCAGGAUGGAGCUCAUGAAUGCCGAAAAGCAAAGGAAAGAGAAGAAAGAAUUUGAGCAAGCAAAGAUGGACCUGGUAAGAAAUGAGAUGUCGUUAGUCACGGAAAAUUUCUGCCUGUGCCAGAAACAAUUCCCCUUGGGUCAGGGGUGGGGAAACUCUAGACCUGUCCGUUGAGCCCUUGGGAAUUUUUUCCAGGCUACAUCUCCUGUCCCCAGGCCACGCUCUUCUUCAGCCUGUCUCUACACCCUUCUCAAGUGCUUUUGCUUGGCUGAAAUAAGUCCUUGAACUGUGAAGAUGCCUCUUUCCUCCUUGGGUGGAGAUGGGUGUGUGUUUGUGGAAACCUGUGAGUGUUGUGUGACUGGCACUGCCGGAUUUAUGUAUAAGCAAAACAAGCUAUAGCUUAGAGACCCAUUCUCUUGCCUAAUAAUAAUAAUAAUAAUAAUAUAUUAUUUAUACCCCGCGCAUCUGGCUGGGUUUCCCCAGCCACUCUGGGCGGCUUCCAAUAAAACACUAAAAUACAAUAACCUAUUAAACAUUAAAAGCUUCCCUAAACAGGGCUGCCUUCAGAUGUCUUCUAAAAGUUUGGUAGUUAUUUUUCUCUUUGACAUCUGGUGGGAGGGCGUUCCACAGGGCGUGUACCACUACCGAGAAGGCCCUCUGCCUGGUUCCCUGUAAUUUGGCUUCUUGCAGCGAGGGAACUGCCAGAAGGCCCUUGGCGCUGGACCUCAGUGUCCGGGCAGAAUGAUGGAGGUGGAGACGAUCCUUCAGGUAUACUGGACCAAGGCCGUUUAGGGCUUUAAAGGUCAGCACCAACACUUUGAAUUGUGCUCGGAAACGUACUAGAGCCAGUGUAGUUCUUUCAAGACCGGUGUUAUAUAGUCUCGGCGGCUACUCCCAGUCACCAGUCUGGCUGCUGCAUUCUGGAUUAGUUGUAGUUUCCGGGUCACCUUCAAAGGUAGCCCCACAUUGCAGUAGUCCAAGCAAGAGAUAACUAGAGCAUGCACCACUUUGGCGAGACAGUCUGCAGGCAGGUGGGGUCUCAGCCUGCGUACCAGAUGGAGCUGAUAAACAGCUGCCCUGGACACAGAAUUGACCUGCACCUCCAUGGACAGCUGUGAGUCCAGAAUGACUCCCAGGCUGCGCACCUGGUCUUUCAGGGGCACAGUUACCCCAUUCAGGACCUCCAUACCCGCCUGUCUCCUGUCCCCCCAAAACAGUACUUCUGUACCCCCCCAAUAUACUUCUUCUUAAUUGUAUUUCACUAUUAAUAUACUUGUUCUUAAUUGUAUUUCAGUUCAACAAUUACUUCGAUAAAAUACAUAUUUUGUCACGUGCAAAUGGCUUUAAAUACCCAUUAGGUCCAUAAAUUACCAUAUAGCAUUUAUUCAACCCAAAAAACAGCAACAAUUUGUUGUUGACAAAGGACAGCUGGAUAUACAAAGGGCCCCAUUACCUUCAGUAGCUUAGGGCCUCAUCAAACCUAAAUCCGGCCCUGGCGACUGGGAUGCACUUAACUUUGUAUGGUAAAGUGUCACAACAGUUGCUGUACUCACUUUUCGCCUGCUUCUGGCCCCCUUCCCAUCACUGGUUUGCAUCCCCCAAAACGUGGCCCAGGAGGGUAUGGGGAUCCUUAAUCUGGAAAAUGUUUUCCCGCCUCUGACUUAGACAGUUAAGUUGUAUCAUUUGAAGUGUUUGCGAUACAAUAAAUUACGAUACGCUUAUACAGUACAGUCAUACCUCGGGUUAACAGACGCCUUAGGUUGCAUUUUUUGAGGUUACGGACCGCCGAAACCCGGAAGUACCGGAACGGGUUACUUCUAGGUUUCGGUGGUCACGCAUGUGCAGAAGCAGUAAAUCACGCUAUGCGCAGAAGCGCCAAAUCGCAACCCAUGUGUGCGCAGCUGUGGGUUGCGAAUGCUGCGGGUUGCGAAUGUGCAUCCCUCACAGAUCACAUUCGCAACCUGAGCGUCCACUGUACUUUCCUGUGCUAUGUGUCCAUUUGAGACAUCUGAAGCAAAAACAGCUAUCCCUUAAUUGGUCUUGUGCUUGUCCUUUAAGUGCAGCUCAGAGUCUACAUGACUCGAGGAACGUCGCUGGCGCAGCUUUCUCCUGUGAAGCAAUGUUUCUGUGCUCCUGUAAUAGUGGCGAGUCAUCAACUUGGGACAUGUGCUGUGGAAUAGUUCUAGUAACUUGUACAGCUGUUAACAAACGCAAGGCGAACACCGGAUUGUGUUUUGUUGAGUGACUGCACUCUUUCAGAGACCACACACCUCUUGUGAAAGGUUCUUUGCCAAGUUCCUUUUUAAUUUAUGUAUUCUGUUGAACAUGUAGCCCACCCCAUCCAAAUGGCUUGUGGUGGGUAGGAAAAAGCUAAAUUAUUCCAUCUUGACCUUCCCUGACCCAGCCCGCCAAAGUGUAUUGUGUUGCUUCUAGAAGACGUUGACAAGCUGCAAGUUUCUUGUGACCUUCUGUGCCUUAUGGAAAAUAUAUGCCAACAAAGCUAACCAGAUGCCACACUAUUGUUGCUUUUUCAAUAUUGGGGAAUGUCCACCUAUCAAUAUAUGUGGAGCAUUUCUCUGACAGUGCAGUGGCUCAUAUGUGCAGUGGGGCCCCGGUUGCAACUCUGUGGAGGAAAAAGUGUUGGUCAUGUGCCAUGAAUCGUUUUUUUAAUAUGAAAAGGGUCUAGGACAUGAAAGCUUGUCUUUUGCCUGCAAUUUUAGGGUGAAUUCAGCUAUUCUGAGGAAAUACUUAAUGGUGCAAUGGCCCGAGUUGUCUACAGAAAUGCUGUUCAGAAAAUCAAAGGUAACUCCAUGUUGUGUUUCUCGUGUGUGUGUGUGUGUGUGUGUGUGUGUUUUAAGUAGCAACCUGCCUUAGGUAAAGGUAAAGGGACCUCUGACCAUUAGGUCCAGUCGUGACCGACUCUGGGGUUGCGGCGCUCAUCUCUCUUUAUUGGCCGAGGGAGCCGGCGUACAGCUUCCAGUUCAUGUGGCUAGCAUGACUAAGCCACUUCUGGCGAACCAGAGCAGCGCACGGAAUAGCCGUUUACCUUCCUGCCGGAACGGUACCUAUUUAUCUACUUGCACUUUGACGUGCUUUCGAACUGCUAGGUGGGCAGGAGCAGGGACCGAUCAACGGGCGCUCACCCUGUCGCAGGGAUUCAAACCACCGACCUUCUGAUCGGCAAGUCCUAGGCUCAGUGGUUUAACCCACAGCGCCACCUGCGUCCCAGCAACUUGCCUUAGGUUUUUAAAAAUAAAUAUAGGCCACUGGUGACUGAAAUUUGGUUGGCUGGGGUUGAAUAUUGCGGCACCCCUUCUAACAGAAUGACUUUGGGGUGGCUACAACCCUGAAGGUGUUACUGACAAAGGGGUGCUUUCACAGACAGUUAAAUGACCUCUCUGCUCACCCUAACUUUCCACAAGUGUUGAUAACUGAGUUCUGGUUUGGUUCUGGCUGCGGAGGUUUCUGAAAUUAAAUCAACUACAGUGGUACCUCGGGUUAAGUACUUAAUUCAUUCUGGAGGUCCGUACUUAACCUGAAACUGUUCUUAACCUGAGGUACCACUUUAGCUAAUGGGGCCUCCUGCUGCCGCCGCACUGCCAGAGCACAAUUUCUGUUCUCAUCCGGAAGCAAAGUUCUUAACCCGAGGUACUAUUUCUGGGUUAGCGGAGUCUCUAACCUGAAGCGUAUGUAACAUGAAGCGUAUGUAACCCGAGGUACCACUGUAUGUGGAUGUUUUCACUGUUGUUUAUUGCUUCAAAUGGUUUUAUGAAUUUUGGGACUGAUUUAAAAUUCAAAAGUGGCACCUAGCUUUUUAAGAAAUAUAUUUACUAGUAUGUAGGAUGAGUUGUUCAGCUUUCUUGUAGCAACUGGAUUUGGCUGCUCUCAGGAUGGUAGUGUUGAUGGGCCAGUUGUCUCUGACCCAGUAUUACCUGCAUAGAAUCACAAGAGUUGAAAGGGACUCUGAGGGUCAUCUAGUCGAACCCCCUGCAAUGCAGGAAUCUUUUGCCCAAUGUGGGGCUUGAACCCAUGACCCCGAGGUUAAGAGCCUCAUGAUCUACAGACUGAUCUGUCCCAGCUGCUGUACUGAGCAUUCAUGAAUUGUGCAAGUUCACAUACAAGUCAAUCCAAGCCUUACGGCAAAAUUUGACACUCCACAUUAAAGAGAUGCAUUUCAAGCAAAGUUUGGAGAGUUCUUAUGGUUUUAUUUGUUUUUUAAAUUAAUCCUCUUGUUUUAGAGGACAUAUACUUUAUUUGUUAAAUAUUUUCUGGCUUAAGAGAGACUGUUUAUGAGGUUCUGGACCCCCCCCCCUAAUUACCGUCUGUCUGUCUGUCUGUCUGUCUGUCUGUCUGACUCCAUUCUAGGUGCAGAGUUUCUUCUGUCACUGCUGUCAAUUGCAAAACUUUUUGAUUUUACACAAGACCUUCAAAAGGAAAUUCUGGAAAAGUAAGUCUGGGGUGGUUGUGGAGAACUAGAGCACUAUUAGUGUCGUCCAUUCAGGUGGUCUGCAGCGUGUCUGUAAAAAUACAAUUUUUUAAAACAUAUAUCAUACAACAUAAAUCGCAUCGCAUUGCAAUUGCUACAACAGGCAGAAAAAUCAUUAAGUGGUCUUCCAAGACCUUCAGCAAUUUCCAAGUGGUCUUUGGGAAAGAAAAGUUUGGAAGCCACUGUGCUAGAAGUAUUAUUUUGUUUAACAUGGAAAGCAUUCAGGUUUGCUGUUCUCACUUUCAGUCUAUCACCUCAUCCCCAUUCUGUUCUUUAGUGUGUGUAGACCACACUAUGACUAGGCAGACUCCGGCAUGUCUGAUGUGGCUUCACCUGAAUUGGUGCCGAGAGUAUCUCAGGAUAAAUAAAAUGUCACUGUUGUGAUAUAGCUGCCUGCUUGUAGAGCAAAGCACUCUUAAUGCUCCCUCCUAAGAAGAGGGUAGCGCAUGGAACAAUAGCAUGAUAGUUUUCCUCUUAGCCUGCAGGCAGAAUACGCCAACGAUCCUCUUAUGUGGGACUACAUAGCACGGCAGGAGCUGGAGAAGGACUCCUUGCCCACAACAGAACAUCGGUCCAAACAGUCCAAAGCACAGGAAGCAGCCCUAAAAGAAGAACGGUGUUGCAUGGUGUUUGAUGAAGCAGUCGCCUCCCUUCCCACAGGUUAGAACUUGUGCCUCUAAUAUAUAUCAGCAUUUAUAAAGUAUAAAAUCUCUAAAACAUAAACGAUACUUCCAGUUCUUGCGGUAGAGCUUUGAAGAUGUAUGUAGUCAUGAUUCCCUAUUUAAUUACGAACUGAUGGACUUGAGCUCAAUAUGUGUGUGGUUAUUUUUUAAUUUUGAACUGUUCAGAUUUCUCCCGAAAGGGGUAUAUUUGAAUGAAAACAGGAAGGCAAUACUUUUGUUUUUGCCAAUGAUGUCAUGCAGAUGCUGCGAAGAAUUUCCAUGUGCGAUGAGCCUCCUUCCCACGCUUAAACACCCAUCUGGAAAUGCAAGAGAGGCAGAAAGGUUUCCUAGUGCUUGUCCAUUUGUCCUUCUCAUCCACUUGCAAUUGUUAAUCAGGUUUCACGAUGUGGGUGGCGCUGUGGUCUAAACCACUGAGCCUCUUGGGCUUGGCUGAUCAGAAGGUUGGUGGUUCAAAUCCCCGCGACGGGGUGAGCUCCCGUUGCUCUGUCCCGGGUUCUGCCAACCUAGCAGUUCGAAAGCACACCAGUGCAAGUAGAUAAAUAGUUUGCUGCAGUGGGAAGGUAAAUGGCGUUUCCGUUCGUUCUUGUUUGCGUCACGGUGUUCCAUUGUGCCAGAAGCAGUUUAGUCAUGCUGGCCACAUGACCUGGAAACCUGACUGCAGACAAAUGCCAGUACCCACAGCCUGAAAAGCGAGAUGAGUGCCGCAACCCCAUAGUCACCUUUGACUGGACUUAACCAUCCAGGGGUCCUUUACCUUUCCCUUUACACGAUAACAGUGGUGAUUUAUGUCCUCCAAAAAUAGUAAUUAAGCUAUAGGCUUUAAGGUGAACUGUUGGCUUGUUGGUCUAGUUCUAACAGCAGAUGAGGUAAUAAAGCCAUGUCUGGAUUUGACCACCUCAAGACUACAGGUAGAGACUCGCAUGACUGAAUGUUCCCCAAUUCAGCACCUUCCUGGGUCUCAAAUAAAAUGCCUCCACGUAGAAAUUUAGAUUUCAAGGAGCAAGCUUCCAGGCUAAGCUUUUAUAGGACAUAUUCCAUGCUUGGGAGUGUACUGCUGCUCCCGAGAGAGUGAUUUUUCCUCAGAACCUUUGCCUGCAGUCUGAAGUGGUAUGGUCCAAAACUGUUUCAUGGCCACCUCUGCCGAAUUUUAGAAGGCGGCCAGAGUGUCAGCGUUGGGAGGAAGCAGGGCCCUCCUGUACCUUCAUGUAGCACAAGGGUUUGCGGGCCUCAUGCCACUAACCGCUUCACCUCAGGGACUUAACGUAUAUUGUGCAAUUUGCUUGGAGGAGGGAACAGCUGAGUGAACCCGGCUAGGCUGGUUAGCAAGGGUUUAUUUCAUGCACAACCUUCCCAGAGGCCUCCCAUAAACGCCUCAGAAAUCAUAUUCAAAGGGCAGUAUCGCCCACUUACCGUUGUCUUGCUUUGGUGACGGAAAAGAGCCAGGAGGUGGGUAGAAUAUGUGUGUCUGCUUUCUGGUGUCCUGUAAUCCACUUUUCACUCAUGACAUGCUCCAAGAGAGUCAGAUUUUGUACGUUUUCAUCCCCAACUGACUCAGAGAAGUAGGAGAAAGCACCAGAGCUGCCUUGAGGUUAAUACGGUGUCUGUACCGUGUGGAUUUUAGCUGUGUUUUAUCUACGAUUUUAUUCGUGCACUGCUCAGUGAGCUCUUCGAUUAAGUGGCUUAUAAAAUUUUUAAAUAAAGAUACUGAAGAAGGAAAGAAACUUGUAGCGAAUCUUGUGAAUAGGUGCCCCCCCUUUAAUUGUUGGUUUGAUAGCUUUUGCUUAAAAGGUAAAGGGACCCCUGACCAUUAGGUCCAGUCGUGGCCGACUCUGGGGUUGCGGCGCUCAUCUCGCUUUAUUGGCCGAGGGAGCCGGCGUACAGCUUCUGGGUCAUGUGGCCAGCAUGACUAAGCCGCUUCUGGCAAACCAGAGCAGCGCACAGAAACACUGUUUACCUUCCCGCCGGAGUGGUACCUAUUUAUCUACUUGCACUUUGAGGUGCUUUCGAACUGCUAGGUUGGCAGGAGCUGGGACCGAGCAACGGGAGCUCACCCCGUCGCGGGGAUUCGAACCGCCGACCUUCUGAUCGGCAAGUCCUAGGCUCUGUGGUUUAACCCACAACGCCACCCGCGUCCCUAGCUUUUGCUUAGGAGUUGAAUUUUUCUUUAGUGGGUCUUGGAAAAGCAGUGUUGUUGUUUUCGUUCAGAAGGAGUGACUGCCAUUUUUAUUAAGAAAAACAUUUUUAACCUUCCAGAGGCCAUGUGGGAACGUUACGUCGCUUUUUGCUUGGAAAGAUAUAACCGGAAGACAAACAGUGAAGAGUUAAAGCAGAAGGUAAAUGCUUUAAGUAUUCCUGCAGACAAUUUCAGAAGUUUACUUUUGUUUUUGUGGAGGCUAGUCUGCGUGGCAGUGAAGCUCAUUCUUUUUUCCUUAUCUCUUCUUGUUUUUUUAGAGGUUGGAAAGGAUAUCAAGUGUUUGCAGCCGGGCUCAUGAAUUACAGUUGCUGCCAGCUUCUCUCUAUCAGCAAUGGGUAAGGAUGUAUAUGGCUCUUGCUGGGUCUUUUUUUAAAUAUAUAAAAAAGCACUACACUGCAUGAAACGAGAAGACUUGCCUUUGGGUCUUGGGACACAUUUCUCAAUAAAGGCUUCCGUUUUAUCUUUGAUUUGCAUCUCGUCAGCUCCAGCUCUUACUGGGGCUCGACCUCCGAGAAAAGGCUGAAGAGGUGGCAGCAGCGGCAACGAGACGAUUCAGCCACUUGGUAGAAAUGUGGGAGAUGAGGCUGAAGUUGCUACUCCAGCUGAACACGGAUGGUGUAGGCCCUUGUUUCCAGGAAGCAUUUAGAGCAGUUAAGGCGAAGGUAAGCGACAAGCCCCUGGAAUGAAAGGAUCGCUGUUUGCAAGCCUCAUGGUGGAGGGGCAGUGUGGCGAUCCCACACAGGGCCCCCGGACGUUUGACGGUCUAUUGACCCUGUGCCGCCACUGCGAUUGCUUUUCCCCCUGCCACCACCCUGUAUCUCACGGGGACACACGGAGUCCAGCCAGCUGUUAACAUAAACAAAUAAUCAAGUUUAUUUUUAAAUGCAGGAACAAGCUUAUGGUUUCAGUUAGUUUUUCUUGACAGUUUCUUAAUCUUAGUUCCUAACAACUCCAAACUGAUUAUUCCAACUAUCUAUCUGACUCCACCUAACAAUUCCUCUCACUCUCUCACAAUACAACUCUACCAACCCACACCUAAACCUCCCUCUUCCUUCUUCAACUCCCAAACCUCGACUCUCAACUCCCAAACCUCAACUGACUUUCAAAACCUCCCACUCUAACUUUUAUUCCCCCCUUGCAUUCUCACUGGCCAAUCACAUCACACCCAUUUUAACCCUUUCCUUAUGACCCAUCCUAGGAGGCAAACGCCACAGGCAGCUUCCUUGAAAUACCCUCCUCCCCAAUUUGCCACCUCACUUGCAUUUUGGGGGGGCAUGUGUUCUGAUCUUGGGUGGGUGGGUGGGAAAUGUUCUCCUCAUCUUGGGGACAGAUGAUGUUCAGGGAUGUUUACUGUGAAGGCAGGGGCAACAACUCUUCUCAUUUGCUCCUUCCAUUUAGCAAUGAAAUUUAUUACGGUCAGAGACCAGCUUGAGAAACAGAAAUGGAACUACCAUCCCAAUAGCAAAACAAACAUUUAAAACAAUAUACAACAAUGGAUUUUAAGUUUAAAAGUGCGAUAGGCAUGUAAACUCAUAAAAACUUCAAAAUAGACUACCUUAGAGAAAUGACCCAAAGUCGCCCGUGGAUCCGGGUUUGGGAAUUUUAACAAACUAGAUUGAAUUGGGGGAUGGUCUGCGCCUACAGAUCUGUGCGCAGAAUCUGGCUACAAUCCGGGUCAUCUUGUGGUCUUUGCCUAACAGGAGAAGAUCGAAAUUUUGCUUUACCGGGAGGUCAGCAAGCCUCACCAGCAGGGGGGUCAAUGGUUUCUCUACAUGCCUCAUCAUAAAAGGGACAUCUAAAAAAUAUGUGUUCAGGGCUUCCUAUAUCCCCCAGUGGACAGGCGCAAAUUCUCUGGACCUUCCAUUUAGUGUUUUCCCCCCCAGAAUGCCUUUGGAAUGAUGCUAGACUAUGGGUUUCCUCAGCCAUGGUGGGAGGGUGUCUUGUAUGCAUGCCAUUGUGCUUAGAGUACUGCAAUGCACUCUCUGGGGGGCUACCUUUGAAGGUGACUCGGAAACUAAAACUAAUCUAGAAUGCCACUGCCAGACUUGUGACUGGGAGCGGCCGCUGAGACCACAUUGGCUCCCAGUACGUUUCCAAGCACAAUUCAAAGUGUUGGUGCUGACCUUUGAAGCUCUAAAGGGCUUUGGCCCUGCAUACUUGAAGGAGUGUCUCCACCCCUAUCAUUCAGCCCAGACACUGAGAUCCAGCUCCAAAGGCCUUCUGGCAGUUCCCUCACUGUGAGACGUGAAGUUACAGGGAACCAGGCAGAGGGCCUUCUUGGUGGUGGCGCCCUCCCAUCAGAUGUCAAGGAAGUAAAGAACUAUCUGGCUUCUAGAAGACAUCUGAAGGCAGCCCUGUAUGUUUUUAAUGUUUGAUGUGUUUUAAUUUGUUGGAAGCCACCCAGUCAGAUAGGCAUAAUAAUAAUAAUAAUAAUAAUAAUAAUAAUUUGUAUAAGUUGCACUCCACGGGGGUGGGCAGCAGCUGCAACUUGGGGAAAGGCACAUGACUAUGGGGACACCCCAGAGUUACUAAGAUGGUGUGCCACACACCCCUUGCUUGUAAUGCUUAAGUUAAGGGUUAAGUUACUUGCCUAAACACCUGUAAUUAGAACAAAGGUCUCACCUAAUAUUGUCCCCAUUGAUAUUAUCCUCUGCAGCAAGGGGUUCCAGGUGCUUGAUAUGCCUAGACCCCUCCAAUAAGAAGAUAAGUGCAUUAAUUCUGCUGCCAUCCUAAUCUCCUAGCCCUCGCUGGGCUUUCUGGUGGCUUUUAAAAAUAUGUUUCAUAGCUGUCACAUAGCCUCAAAUGCUGGGUCUGGCUUCUAUGUGUGUGCCUCGCAUCCAACAUAUCAUGCCCAGUAUUUCCAUGGCCUAAAAUUAAUUUUUCUCAAUUUAUAUAGAAAGGUUUAUUGUUUUGAGUACAUUCAAAUGUAAGAUAAAACAUAUGCAAAGGGACUUGACAGGAAGUCAUAGUUGAAGAAAAGAUUUUGGAAGAUAAAAGGGGGAAAAUUAUUUACUUUCAUUAUUAUCAUUUUCUGUGCGGGUGUGGGUGUGUGGGUGUCUGCACAUAUGUGUGUUGUUGUAUGCAAUGUUUGGGAGGAAAUAAGACAGUAAAUAACAAAUAACAAACUAAAUAUCGAUGUAUGUAAUUUUUAUUUCUUAAUUAUAUUUAGUGGUAGUAUGGUUGUAUUGUUUUCUAUAACAUAAAACCAUUCAAUAAAAAUUAUUUUUAAAAAUACAUUAAUUUUUCUCUCUUCCUACCACUAGGACAGCUUGCCGUUAUGGAUUCUAUGUACAGAAUGGAGUGAGAAUGUCAAUAGCACUCCUGAAACGGAAGCACUCUAUCAGGUAUUACAUGUCCUAUUUGAAAACAACAACAGCUCAGCAUGGGUAGAACUAUUCAGGAAAGCAGAUGGCAAUAGUUUUACUAGCAACAUUAUCAUGUUAGCAUUAAUUUUAGAGCCAGCACUGUGCUUGGUAAUCUGCAGGUCAAAGAAAUUAUGUGAUCCCAAGACAGCCUUGUAGAGUACAGGAGCCAGACUAAGUUGGGCUCAAGGGCUUUGGCGAGGGAAGACAGUGUCCGAUCUGGCUGCCAUACUUGGGGAAAGCCUUUGCUGAAGAUGUGAGUUGUCUCUGACAAUAGAGAAGUGGAAGCAAAGCAGGAGGGGGGGGCAAGAAAGGGGGAGAAGGAGGGGAAUGACUGGAGACAGUAAUACUCAAAGGGGGGGCACACCCAUUGAAAGCACCCCAAAUAUAAAUGUGUGUAUGAAUGCAUUCAGACACAAUCCCCGUUUCUCAAUACAGUGGUACCUCGGUUUUUCGAACGUCUCUGUUGACGAAUAUUUCAGUUUUCGAACACUCCAUGGAAGUCAAACAUGCCACCUGGCUUCUGCUGAGUGCAAGAUCCUGAGGCCAAGCUGUCAGCUGUUGAGUUUUCGGUUUUCAAACAUUUCGGAAGUCCGUUCGACUUCCAAAACGUUCAGAAACCAAAGCGCAGCUUCUGAUUGGCUGCAGGAAGCUCCUUCAGCCAGUCGGAAGCCCCGUCGGAUGUUCGGCUUCCAAAAAUAGUUCACAAACCAGAACAGUCACUUCAGUGUUUGCGGCAUUCGGAAGCCAAAACAUUCGAGAACUAAGCUGAUCGAAAACCAAGGUAUGACUGUAUAUUGAUUUGGAAAGGACAGUCUCAAAAUUACAAGAUGUACUCAGAUUUGCUAAAGUUAGUUGAAUCAGAAUUAUUCCAUCUGUGUACACUAGUCCUGCUCUCUAUUUGAAUCCUUAGCUCUCUGGGUUGAAAUAUCCCACUUCAGAUCAAAAUAUGCUGGUUCCUCAUAGUCCAUGACAUGUGCUUAAGAGCUUCACAGGUAUUUUCUGAAUGUGCUCACAUUCUUUUUUAACUUGCAGAGAUCUUUGCUUGCCACGCUGCCUGCUGACUCGGUAACCAUGAAGGAAAAGUAUAUCGAAUGGGCGUACAGGGCUGGUGGCUAUAAGAAAGCAAAGAAAGUCUUUACCAGGUUAGAAGAACUCCUUCUGAAACACACACACACACACACACACACACACACACACACACACAUAUACAGAAAUACAAUUAUUUAUUUCUUCCGCUUUCUCUGAUGGUUUUUUAAAAACUGAAUCCCUCACACACCAUCUUUAUUUCCUAGUUUGCAUGAAAGCCGUCCGUUUUCCCUCGAGUUCUUCAAGAAGAUGAUUCAGAUUGAAAAGGAGCAAGUAAGUAACGUAACUUAGGACAAACUUAGUUUUAGGAUGUUCUGUAUCAUUAGAGGCAUGUGCCACUGUGAAUUUUCCAAAGGGAGCAGCGGUUAAUAUGCUGGAAUAUGUUGGGAUUGGACUACUAUAAGGUGCCUUUUUAGAAAACAUCUGGAAACUUCUUUAAAGGAUUUGACCUAUAUCAAGUGCAUCGUUGCUAUUCUGUUUCCUGACAUGACUCAAAAUGUUGUGUUGUUUUCUGAAAGCCUUAAACAGCUAGAGAUGUUGCUUAUUUUUUUAUACUUUUUUUGUUUGUUUGGGGAAAAGGUCAUAGCUCCACAGUGUCAGAUUAGACGUUGUGGAUGCCUAGUACAUUUUUUAUUUUUAUUUUACCAACCAACAAUUUUAAUAAACCAAUUUUGAUACAUUGUCGUGGGGGCACUAAAAGGCGUAUGGCCCCGAAAAGGCCCAUAGAUCAGUGCCUACUCUUUGGUAGUCUAGCAUAAUAAUAGUAGUAGUAAUAAUAAUAAUAAUUAAUUGUACCCCGCCCAUCUGAUUGGGUAGCCCCAGCCACUCUGGGCGGCUUCCAGCGUAUAUAAUAAAGACAUAGCAAAACAUUGAACCUUUAAAAGCUUCCCUAUACAGGGCUGCCUUCAGUGGUAGAUCAUCUGCUUUGCAUGCAUAAGGUCCCAGGUUCAAAUCCUGGCAGCUUCAGGUAGGGCUGAGAGAUAACCCUGCCCCAAACUUUGAAGAGCCACUGCCAGCCAGUUCUGAGCUGGAUAGACUUGCGUUCUGUCUUAGAAUAAAACAGCCUCCUCUGUGUGCUUUCUGAAUGUUUUUAACUUUCACGUUAGUUGCUGCCCAUGGUUGUAUCUGGUUGGAUAGGAAUACAGUGGUACCUCAGGUUACAUACACUUCAGGUUACAUACGCUUCAGGUUACAGACUCCACUAACCCAGGUUAAGAACUUUGCUUCAGGAUGAGAACAGAAAUUGUGCUCUGGUGGCGCGGCGGCAACAGGAAGCCCCAUUAUCUAAAGUGGUGCUUCAGGUUAAGAACAGUUUCAGGUUAAGAACAGACCUCCAGAACGGAUUAAAUACUUAACCCGAGGUACCACUGUAUGUGUGUUUUAUGGAUAGUUUUCAGGGAGCUCCAGGGGGUGUGGUGGGGUAGUGGAGAAGGAAUAGGAGGGGAAGCAUUCAAGGCUAUGGGUUUGGGCGGUGAGGCAGGAAAAGUGCCAUGUGAGAGGGGAAAGCUUCUCAAUACUUUAUUGCCCAAGCCUGUCACAGCUUCUGCUCUUAUUCCUGUGCCCUUUUAAUUCAUGGGCUGAAGGACUAAAUAGCAACACACUGUUUUAUGUACUUGGCAAGUAUAUUUAACAGCUGUAACCUUUGGCUCAGCAUCCUUAGUUAUCCCCCCCUUUUUUUCUACCUCCAAGGAAUCCUGUAAAAUGUCCAAUAUCCGAGAAUAUUAUGAACGUGCCUUGAGAGAAUUCGGUGCCACAGACCCUGGUAAGAAGUUUUAUUUCUUCAAGUGUUGUGGGUAUAACCAGAGAUCUUCUCUUCCUUCCAUCUGCAUUUUGAUUAGAGUAAAUUUAAACACACGCACGCAAAAAACUGGAUUUUAUUGCGUGUCAUCUUGAGAACCUACUUAGGCCAGAAUCAUAAUAAGCAGGCAUAGGCAAACUCCGGCCCUCCAGAUGUUUGGGACUACAGUACCCAUCAUCUCUGACCACUGGUCCUGUUAGCUAGGGAUGAUGGGAAUUGUAGUCCCAAACAUCUGGAGGGCCGGAGUUUGCCUAUGCCUGGUAAUAAGGAUGAAGUCGGCAGCUAAAUAAGCAGGCAGCCCAAAUAGCAACGUCCCUCAGAUGAAAUCCCCACACCACCCCUCAAAUCCCCAGAAUUAAGCAUCUGGCUAACCUGGGGGCUGGCCAUAAGCCUGUGGUAGCCAGAGCCAUCCAAUGUACAGGAAAGGGAUAUUUUUUUAAAAGUUGUGCACAAGUUAUUUUACUCUGGACUUGGCCCAAAGGUUGCUCAUCAUCAAUGUCUGCAUUGUUCAACAUAUAGGGGUAAAGGGACCCCUGACCAUUAGGUCCAGUUGUGACUGACUCUGGGGUUGCGGCGCUUAUCUCGCUUUAUUGGCCGAGGGAGCCGGCGUACAGCUUCCGGGUCAUGUGGCCAGCAUGACUAAGCCGCUUCUGGCGAACCAGAGCAGUGCACGGAAAUGCUGUUUACCUUCCCGCCGGAGCGGUACCUAUUUAUCUACUUGCACUGGUGUGCUGUCGAACUGCUAGGUUGGCAGGAGCAGGGACCGAGCAACAGGAGCUCAUCCUGUCGUGGGGAUUCGAACCGCGGACCUUCUGAUUGGCAAGUCCUAGGCUCUGUGGUUUAACCCACAGCGCCACCCGCGACCCUUGUUCAACAUACAGUGGUGCCCCGCAAGACGAAAUUAACCUGCCAGACGAGUGUCUUCGUCUAGCGAAAGAGUUUUCCGUUUUGGAGUGCCUCGCAAAGCAACCUGCUAUGGGCUUGCUUAGCAGAUGAGAAUGCUCUUAGCGGUUCUAGCGGCUAUUAUAGCCUUUGCGCUCAGCGCUUUGCUGCUAAAAGGCUAUUAGCCGCUUAUGGCUAGAUAAGCUGAUGAGCUGCUAAAAACCGCUAAGAGCCUGCUAAGACAUUGCCGCUGCAAUAGCGCUAAUCCGCUAAUCCCGUCCAUGGAAGCUAACUUCAAAGACGGAAAAACCGCUAGGCGAGCGGGACUUCCAGUCAUGCGAGUUCUUUUCGUCUUGCGGGGCACCACUGUACACCAUAACGUAAAUCGAAACCCACCACUUCUGCUGGAACCACUUUCUCAUCUUUGAUGCGGAGUACAUAAUCUUUAAAAAGGAGCUAUUGUAAGUACUAUAGCAACUGCUAAGUUUUUAGUCCCAGAUUUUGCAAAAAAAACCCACUCCACACGUAUACCCCAAUGGUGGAACAUACAUAGGAUCAUGUGUUGCUAAGUUUUGGGCCCAUGGGGGCAUUUCCAUUAUCACAAUAUUAACUAGCCUUUUUUCUUCCUUUGAAGAUAUUUGGCUGGAUUACAUCAGAGAGGAACUGACUCAGUCCCAAGGCAAACCUGAGAACUGCGGCAGCAUUCACUGGAGGGCGAUGAAAAUGUUGCAGGGAGAACAAGUUGAAACUUUUAUUUCAAAGUACACAUUGCUGCAAACUGGACACCUGUGAGAUAUGUAAUCCUAGAUGUGUCUUAUCUUAAGAGCUAAACCUACUUUAAAUGUUGUUUGUAAAUUUGUAACCCAAAGGCAAAUAAAUAUAUUUUUGGGGGGGC